AUGUCGCUGCGCCCGGACGACCACCGCUCCUCGCGUUCGCGCAGCAAGUCACCAGGGCGCGCGCGCGAGAGGUCCAGGUCGCGCAGCCGCGUCGACGAGGGCCCAGCAUUCGCGACUGACCCCAGGCUGACCAACAGCUAUGCCCGCGCCCAAUCGCCCUCCUCGACCCCGCAGUACGAGAUCAGGCAGCCGGGCCACUCGUCGUACGCGACGCCUGCCCACUAUCUCGCCAGUCCGACUGAACACCAGCGCCAGCGACCGCCUCCGGAGAUGGAGGGCUAUACUAUGGGAGGUUAUGCCGACCUCCCGCCGCACGAGCGCCCUGGCUAUGUCUCACCGACUGGUGCCGGUCCCCAACAGCCAUGGUCUUACACAGCGACCCCGAUAAACAGCGGCCCUCCGCAGCAGCCGCUGAGAAAUCCAGCGGGAGGCUACCAGCAGCAGCAGCCAUCUGGCUACCAAUACGCGCAACCUGGCGGCAUAAAGUACACAGCCCAGCCCAUCACUUCCCAGCAGCAACAGCAACAGCAGCAAUACCAGCCUCCGCCUCCGCUUCCCCACAGAUACUCGUCCUCAUCUGUCACCUCGCCCACGCAAAAUGUCACCGCCAUGCCCCAGCCGCAGCAGUUUUUCCCUCCUCCACCUCAGGGCCCCCCACCAUCGAAGAAGGCCGAAAAGUAUGAUCCGAAUCUAGCCUAUGGUGCUGAUAACGCGCGCAUCGUCGAAGUGAAGCCCGGAGGCGGCAAGUACGGCGCACCUCCCUCACCGGGAUUGGCACCCCGCAUGGACAAUCUUACCGUUGGUGGGAGAGGCAGGCCGACUUUACAGCCCAUCAUGCCCGGCACGUUUCCCGGGAGCGAAGGCGGAAUGGGUGGCGGCCGGCCUCCACCAAGCCCUCUGUUGGAGGCUUAUCACGGAACUUACCAGUCUCUCAGUCCCAUGCCGAGUCCCAUCAUGCGUCCGUUGAACGACGAUUUGGAGGACCUCCCUCCCCUGGAUCCGCGUGAGGAGAAGAAAUCCAAGAAGCACAGGCACAGAAGCUCGUCAAGCGUGUCCCAAGGCCACGGUGCAACCCUCACCGUGGGUUUGUCCAAGAAGGAUAGGGAAAGAUCCCGGUCUCGGCACCGCGACGACAGACGUGAGAAGGAAAGAGAGAAAGACAAGAAACGCGUCAAGAUCUACGACGCGGAAGAAGACGCCAAUGCCAUCUUGAAGGCGCUUUCAAGGGAGCCGAAUCCUGACCCGCUGAUCGACAUUCUUCCAGCACUCUCUCAUGACCAGCUGAUGGAGCUUCGCAUCGAGUACAAGCGCAUCUGCAAGGUGCAAGGUCGUGGGGUGAAUUUGGCCAAGCACCUCAAAAUGAAAUUGCCUGGCACCAACUUUGGUAAAAUCUGCCACAUCACGGCGCUUGGUCGGUGGGAGAGCGAAGCUUACUGGGCGAACUACUGGUACCAGGGCAACAGUUCCAAGCGUGAGCUGUUGAUUGAGGCGCUCAUGGGUCGGCCCAACUACGAAAUUCACGAGAUCAUUGAUUCUUUCAAGGAUAAGCGUUAUGGUGAUGACUUGAUGCGCUGCAUGGAGACGGAGCUAAAGAAGGACAAGUUUCGUAUGGCCAUCCUGACAGCACUCGAUGCCCGCCGUCAGGAAGAAGGUGACGUGUGGCCGUUGGAGUACAGGAACAGGGAUGUGGACAACAUGUACAGUGCGGUCCGAGCUAGGGAAGGCGGUGAAUCGGACAUCUUGAGGAUCGUGUGCACGAGGAGUGACGCACACCUGCGGGAGUGCUUGGAGACGUACAAGAGGAAGUACCAGAGCAACUUCGCCAAGGAUGUCCUGACCAAGAGCAACAACCUCGUGGGUGAAGUUUGCGCGCACAUCCUGAACGGCGUCAUCAACAGACCGGCUCGCGACGCAAUGCUGCUGUACCACGCUCUCACCGACCUGAUGGACACGGGCAACGAUCGCGAUGCGUCACGUCACGAACGUCAGCACCGCUAUGAGCUGCUCAUCUCUCGGCUGGUUCGUCUGCACUGGGACAAGUUGCACCUACGUAAAGUCAAGCUGGACUACCGUGAGAAAUACGGCCGCCACAUCGAGGACGACAUCGAAGAUGCAACGAAGGGCGACUUCCGGGAGUUCUGCCUCGCGCUGUGUGACAUGGGCUUGGGGACAGGAAGAUGA